AUGAACAGCAGUAGUUACAGCUAUCACAGCAGUGAUUCGCUGUUCAGCAGCAGCACUGGGGCUCGAACCAGCACCGACUCCAAUGAGAAUUUCCUUUCUGUGAAUUGUGGCCCUACACUGGUUAAAUCUUGUAUAAGCUUUGGCAAUGGCACCUUAAAUGGAACUAGGUUGGAGAUGCUGCAGCAGAUCGCAAACCGAAUUCAGCGGGACAGCCUGAGCUGUGAGGACAAGCUGAUCCUUGCCCGGAACGCUCUGCAGUCUGAUGCCAAGCGUUUAGAAUCAGGACUGCAGUUCCAAAAUGAGGCAGAGAUAGCUGGGUAUCUUCUUGAAUCUGAGAACCUGCUCCGGCAGCAAGUCAUCGAUGCCCAGAUCCUUAUCGAUGGAAAAUACUAUCAAGCAGACCAGCUUGUGCAGAGGGUUGCAAAACUUCGUGAUGAACUGGUGGCUAUAAGGGCUGAAUGCUCUUCCGUGUACAACAAGGGGCACGCGCUGACAACAGAGCAGACAAAGCUGAUGAUAUCGGGCAUAACUGAGAGCUUAAACUCGGGAUUUACCACAAGCCUAACGCCAGAAUUAAGUGCUGCAAUGAGCCAAGGCUUGACACCUUCUUUGACGUCCUCCAGCCUGACGUCUGGCCUUUCGUCGGGCCUGGCUUCCAGGCUGACGCCGGCCGUCACUCCGGCCUUUGCUCCGGGCCUCCCACCRCGGUUAGUUCCAAGUUACGUGACGGGAGUAGAUGGAGGGACUCUGCAAACAGUCAAACUGACACAAAUCAGAAAACCUCUGAUGAAAUCAGCUUUUGUGGAUCAGAAUUUAACAGAAGAAGAAGUCAACAUGAAAUUUGUCCAGGACCUCCUAAGCUGGGUGGAAGAAAUGCAGAUGCAACUUGAUCGAGCAGAGUGGGGUUCAGAUUUGCCAAGUGUUGAAAGCCAUUUAGAAAACCACAAAAACGUCCACAAAGCGAUUGAGGAAUUUGAAUCUAGCCUUAAAGAAGCAAAAAUCAGUGAGAUCCAAAUGACAGCCCCUCUUAAACUCAGUUAUGCAGAAAAAUUGCACAAACUGGAGAGUCAGUAUGCAAAACUGCUGAACACUUCAAGAAAUCAGGAGAGGCACCUGGAUACUCUUCACAGCUUUGUGUCCCGUGCUACUAGGGAGCUGAUCUGGCUCAAUGAAAAAGAAGAGGAAGAGGUUGCGUACGACUGGAGCGACAGGAACACCAACAUAGCAAGGAAAAAGGAAUACCAUGCAGAAUUAAUGAGAGAACUCGAUCAAAAAGAAGAAGUCAUUAAAUCAGUUCAAGAAAUCGCUGAACAAUUGCUUCUGGAAAAUCACCCAGCCAGGCUCACCAUUGAGGCCUAUAGAGCUGCCAUGCAGACACAGUGGAGCUGGAUUCUGCAGCUCUGUCAUUGUGUUGAACAACAUUUGAGAGAAAAUGCUGCGUAUUUCGAGUUUUUCAAUGAUGCCAGAGAGGCCAUGGACUAUUUAAAGAACCUAAAGGAUGCCAUAUACAGAAAAUACAGUUGUGAUAGAUCCAGCAGCCUUCAUAGACUGGAAGACCUUGUCCAGGAAUCAAUGGAAGAAAAAGAGCAGCUCUUACAGUAUAAGAGCACAGUAGCCGGCCUUGUGGGAAGAGCAAAGGCAAUAAUUCAGCUGAAGCCAAGGAAUCCRGACUGUCUACUCAAAACCUCCAUCCCAAUUAAAGCCAUUUGUGACUAUAGACAAAUUGAGAUAACUAUUUACAAAGACGAUGAAUGUGUGUUAGCCAACAACUCCCAUCGUGCUAAGUGGAAGGUCAUUAGUCCGAGUGGCAACGAAGCCAUGGUUCCAUCUGUAUGCUUCACAGUUCCUGCACCMAACAAAGAAGCAAUAGAUACAGCCAACAGGAUCGAGCAGCAGUUUCAGAACGUGCUGGCCCUUUGGCACGACUCGCACGUGGACAUGAAGAGCGUGGUGGCGUGGCGCUACCUGACGAGCGCCAUCGAGGCGGUGCGCGCGGGCAACGUGGCCUCGAUAAAAACCAUGUUGCCCGGUGAACACCAGCAGGUCUUGAGCAAUCUGCAGUCCCGCUUUGAUGACUUUGUGGAGGACAGCCGGGAGUCCAGGAUCUUUACGAGCUCCGAUACAGCCCAGCUGGAAAGGGAGGUGAAUGUUUGCAAGCAGUACUAUGAGGAGCUUCUGAAAUCUGCAGAAAGAGAGGAGCACGAGGAAUCUAUUUACAAUCUUUACAUCUCAGAAGUCAGAAAUAUCAGACUUCGCCUGGAGAGCUGUGAGGAGCGGCUGAUCCGGCAGAUCAGAACCCCUAUGGAAAGGGAUGAUCUACACGAAAGUGUGUUUAGGAUUUCGGAGCAAGAGAAAUUGAAGAAAGAGCUGGAUCGACUCAAAGAGGACUUGGGAGUGAUCACGGAUAAAUGCGAGGAGUUUUUCAGCCAAGCUGCAGGUUUACCUUCAGUCCCAACUCUGCGCUCCGAACUCAAUGUGGUCAUUCAGAAUAUGAACCAAGUUUAUUCCAUGUCUUCCAUUUACAUAGAUAAAUUAAAAACUGUAAAUUUGGUACUUAAGAACACCCAAGGAGCGGAAUCACUGGUAAAGCUUUAUGAAACUAAGCUCUGCGAAGAAGAAGCAGUGACUGCUGACAAAAAUAAUAUUGAGAAUUUAAUGGGCACAUUGAAGCAAUGGAGAUCUGAAGUAGAUGAGAAGAGAGAAGUAUUCCAUGCCUUAGAGGAUGAGCUACAGAAGGCCAAGAUGAUCAGCGAUCAGAUGUUUAAAAUGCACAAGGAACGUGAUCUUGACUUUGACUGGCAUAAAGAAAAAGUUGAUCAGUUAGCUGAGAGGUGGCAAAAUAUUCAUUCUCAAAUUGAAAACAGGCUGCGUGACUUAGAAGGUAUUAAUAAAUCUCUAAAAUACUACAAAGAUACCUACAAUUCAUUGGAUACUUGGAUUCAGCAAGUGGAAGAUACUCAGAGAAAGAUUCAAGAAAUCCAUCCAGAAAAUAGCAAAGCGCUGGCUAAGCAACUCAACCAGCAUAAGAUGUUGGUUUCUGAGAUUGAAAUGAAGCAAAGCAAGAUAGAUGAAUGCCAGAAAUACUCUGAGCAGUACUCGGCUGCUGUGAAGGACUAUGAGUUGCAGACUAUGACCUACAGAGCUAUGGUCGACUCGCAGCAGAAGUCUCCAGUGAAGCGCCGAAGAAUGCAAAGCUCCUCAGACUUCAUUAUUCAAGAGUUCAUGGACCUACGGACUCGCUAUACUGCCCUAGUGACCCUCAUGACCCAGUACAUUAAGUUUGCAGGCGACUCUCUGAAAAGACUGGAAGAAGAGGAGAUUUUAAAGGAUAAGGAAGCCUCAGUGCGGGAAGCAUAUUCAGAUCUAAUGGCACAGCAGAAGAGCACCACUGAUGAGAACAGGAAACUCGUAGGAAAGAUAAAAGCACUUGAGGAGACGUUGGAGGAUGUGAAGAAACAAAAAUUCCAGACGGAACAGGAACUCCCUAAGCUGAGGGAAGCUGCUGAAAGGGAGCAGCAGAAGCUGCGAAGGGAGAUGCAGGAGCUCUGCCUGCAGAAGAACAAAGCAGAGCAAGAGGCACAACAGUGUCGUACGGACCGAGAGGGCCUCGAGAAAGAGAGAGCAGAGGCAAAGCAGGAGUUGGAGCGUGUGAAGCAGCUCAUUUUCCAGGCAGACACCCAGAGGAGUGUGUUGGAAGAAAACCUCCGGGCUUUCCGAAAUCAGCUAGAGGAAAGCACCUUUACUAGAAGAAACCUUGAGGAGCAUCUGAGAAGAAAAGACACAAAUCUUCAUGAUUUAGAGCACCAAAAAAAGUGCUUAAUGCAGGAGCUGAAGAAAAAAAACGAAGGAGAAGAGAAGCUCAUGAAAAUAAUAAAGCAAAUGGAACAAGAUCUUGAAUUUAAAGGAUAUUUGUCGGAAAUAAGGUUGAAAGAAAAGGAGAAGACUGAAGCUAGAAGAAAGGUUGUUGAAGGCAGGUAUUCUGUAACUAGAGAAACUGUCCUGCCUACUUACAGCCAGUGUAGGACUGACUCUGAAAUUGCAGGUUUCCAGAAUAAACAAGAAGCAAAGAAAGUAGAAGAGCUGAAACAGAAGAUAGACGAGCUAAGUCUUGCCAACAGAAAAGCUGAUAAAACCAUUAAAGACCUGAAAUAUGAACUGAAUGCAAUUGAGCUUCAGAAAUCAUCAGCAGAAGAAAAGUCUAACUUAUUAAAAGAAAAAUUAGAUGAAGCCAACAGUGCACUUAAGUGCCUAAAAAUUAAGUUGGAGGACAGAGACCAAGUAGAGCAGGGAUAUUUGCAACAGCUGAGAGAGCUGGAGAAGCAGCUGCACAGAACAACAGAUAGAGCUGAUGAGGUGAUGCAAGAAGCUACAGAUCUUAAGAAAAUUAAGAUGAACUAUCAGGAGGAGCUGAAAUCUGCCCAGCAGGAAAAGACGCAACUGAAAAGAGAAAUAGAGGAAUUAAAUAGAUUGCAGGCCAAAAGUGAAAUCACGAUAAGGCAGCUAAAUUCACAAAUCAGUUCACUUCAGAAAGAGAAGGUGGCAGCUGAAUACAGAACACAGUCGUGCAAAGGAGAAGCGAGCAAUCUUCAAGAGCAAUAUAAGAACCUUCAGGAGCAACUGCUUCAAAAAACAAAAGCAGAGAAGGAAAACCAGCAGGAAAUUCUGAUGCUGAAAGAUAAGUUAGUCAAAAGCACCCAGGCAUCCGAAACAUCGAAGCAAAAGAUAGAGGAGCUUAAUAAAUGGAAUACUGACACCAAACUACUCAUGAAACAAAUUCAGAUGGAGUCAGAGAAGAUCAAUCUGGAAAAGCAAAGUAUUCAGAGGAAAAACGAUGCAUUGAAAACACUAGCAGAUGGUUUCAAAGAGCAACUGCGCACGACGAACGAACAGUUGCACAAGCAAACAAUAAUCGAGCAAGAGUUCAUAUGUAAGGUCAAAAGCCUGGAGGAUGAGCUAGCAAAAACGAAAGCCUUGGUCAGCGAAUACAAACAAAAUUAUGAUAAGCAAAAUGCUUCCACCCUAACCAUUAGCCUGGAGGUUAAAAAUCUAAAUGCACAAGUGAAUGCUCUAACUAUGGAAAAGACAGUGAACGAGCAGAAAAUACAACUGCAGCAAGCUCACGUUCAAGAGCUAACCAGUAAACUUAGAAAAUUACAGGAUGAACUCCACCAGAAGACCCUGGAUGAACAAACGGCACGUAAAAAGAUGGUUCUGUUUCAGGAAGAAUCCAUUAAGUUUAAACACUCUGCAGAGGAAUUUAGGAAAAAAGUUGAAAAAUUACUCGAAUCCCAUAGUAUCACAGAGAAAGACAUUUCUGGCAUAAAGCUGGAAUGUGUCGCUCUUCAGCAGGAAAAGAACAUGGCUGAGGAAAACAUCAUGUUGUACAAGAUGCAAAUUGAAGAGCUGCAAGAAAGGCUCAAGAGCUGCCGUGAGCAGCUGCAGCAGGGCAAGCAGGCCGAAAUGGACUGGCUCCAGAAGCGCAGGAAGCUCGAGGAGGAGCUGGAGCUGCAGAAGCGCGUGGUUGAGAACCUGAAACAGAAGAUGGACCUGCAGCCCCGGGAGGGCGAGCAAAGGUUUCUUUCGUUUCAGAAUGAAAUCCAGCAAAAGCACGAUACCAAAGAUUCCGGGUUUAAAUUGAGCUGUGAGAGGAAAGGAAAUGAUUUUAGUUACCUGAAUGAGCCCUCGGCCAGGGAUUUUGAGCAGCUCCAUGUGCACGCAAAGCCUGGGUCACCCCUGUUAAGGCAGAAACAAGAGAGAGCAGGUUUUAAAUCUGGUCAAACAGAGGAAAACACAGUGUACGUGAGCACUGAUGAUGCGGUACCGAGAGAGGUGCAGUUCCAGAUGUCAAGAAUCAACCAAACCCUGGAAGAGGAUGCGAGUCCCCAGUCCUUCACGGAGUUUGUGUCUCAGACAAGCACGCAGUUCCAGAUCACUUUUGACAAGGCCAGCCAAAUUACUGGCAUCUCAGAAAUAGACAAGCGGAGAGACAUAAACCUCCACAGCUCCAGGCAAACUGUUAGAUGUGGAGAAGACAUGAAGCAUGAAUUAGGAUUAGUAAAACUGCAUCCCUUGGAGAGAGUGAAGAACAAGCAGUAUGACAUGCAUGUUGAAGUUACAACAUUAAAACAAGAAAAUGACAAGACUUUUGGUAACGAAGAGAGAAUGUUUGAGGGAUGCAAAACAUCUGAAGGGUUUAGGAGAGAAGACUUUGCAAACAUGAGUUCUUUCGUAGGGGAAGAGAUUCUGAAAGCUGUCCAUGAUGCUACUCAGCUGGAAUAUUUUAUGGGGGAGGGUGCUGAUAUUAAGUUUCAGGGUCUCAGGCAUGAUGUAACAGCCAGACAGUUAGCUGAAGUUAAACUUCUGGACAGGCUCACUGUUGAGCAGCUCUCUUCAGGGCAGAAGACUAUCGAUGAGGUUCAGAAAAGUCUGGAAAACUUUCUAACCAAGCCUACAGCGAUAGCUGGACUGUACCUUGAAUCCAGCAAAGAAAUUCUCUCUUUUGCUGUAGCUGCAAAGAGGAAAAUCAUAGGAAAAGCAUUAGCAUUAGCGUUUUUGGAAGCCCAGGCAGCUACUGGUUUCAUCAUUGACCCCACCACAGGUCAGAAAUUCUCUGUCGAUGAGUCACUUGCUAGAGGGCUUGCAGAUACCGAAUUCCGGAGUAGAUUGCUCGAGGCAGAAAAGGCUGUUUUGGGAUAUUAUUGUUCUGGUAAAUUAAUAUCUGUGUAUCAGGCUAUGGAAGCUAGACUUCUAGAAAGGCAAAAAGGCAAAAAUAUCCUUGAGGCCCAAAUUGCAAGUGGAGGAGUCAUUGAUCCCGUAAGAAGUGUCCGUGUCCCUCCAGAAAUCGCCGUGCAGCUUGGCUUGAUUAGUAACACAGUUUUAAAAUUCUUGUACGAACCUUCUAGCAAUGCAAAAUGCUUCCACAAUCCCAAUGACAGGAAAGCUAUGUACUACUGUGAUCUGCUGAAAAUGUGCGUGUUCAGUGUGAACAGUAAAUGCUUUCUCCUUCCAGUGGGGGAAAGGAAAAUAAGCAGCCCAUCAGCAGAUAAAAGUCAUAAAAUUUCUGUCGUAGACAUCAAAAAAGGGGCUGAAAUGACCUCGUAUGAGGCUUACCAAAAAAACUGUGUUGAUAAAGCCACGUAUCUUGAACUUUCAAAGCAGGAAUUUGAUUGGAAAGAGUCUACAUGUUUUGAUUCCGAAGGGAAUUCUUUUCUUUUACUUACUGAUCUUAAAACUGGCGUACAGUUUAAUAUUGAGGAGGCCUUAAAACAGGGUAGAAUUGAGCAAGCAUUAGUUGAUCGAUACAAGGAAGGUCUCAUCACAGCCAUUGAGUUUGGUGACAUUUUAGCUAGCAGCUCUCAAACAAAUAAAGACCUAAGCAGUCCCAUCGCAGGGUUUUGGCUUUCUGAAACCAAUGAAAGAAUUCCAGUUUUAAAGGCCUCACGCAAAAACCUGGUAGACAGAAUUACUGCCCUCCGGUGUCUCGAGGCUCAGAUCAGUACAGGGGGCAUAAUCGAUCCGUUUACUGGGAAGAGGUACAGCAUUUCAGAAGCUUUGCAGCGGGAAUUAAUAGAUGAUGGUUGUGCCAAGCAAAUUCAGCAGUGUGAGCUGGUCUUUACUGGGAUCAUUCACCCUGUGAGGAAGACGGCUAUGUCAGCUAUCGAAGCGAUGAAUGUCAAUGUCCUGGACAAGGAAACGGGUGGCCGCUGCCUCCAGUACCAGUACUUGACUGGCGGCCUGAUAGAUCCAAAAUCUCAUUCCAGGUUAUCCAUGGAAGAGGCCAUUAAGAAUGGUGUUAUUGAUUCUAUCACGGCUACAAAACUGAAAGAUGAAAAAUUAUAUGCUAAAUUUAUAACAUGCCCCAAAACGAAGAAGAAGUUGACCUACAAGGAGGCUUUGGAGAGAGCCGUUUUUGACUGUCACACUGGGCUGCGCCUCUUGGAAGCUGCUCAGCCCUUGAAGGCAGGAAUUUCCAGUCUUUACUAUGCCUCAUAGUGGAGCAAAGACAGUGAGACUCAUGCCAGGGCCCCGUCUGAAAUCUGUU